AUCAACAGUCACCUCCCAAAAUAAUUUUUGAUCUAACUCCCCCAAAUAAAUAUCUCAAUUUGCCCAUUGCCUCCGUAGGUGUUCUGUGACAUGGAGACCAACGGUGGAGGUUGGACUCUUAUCCAGAGACGCAAGGUGGGCCUCAGCAGCUUCAACCGUGACUGGAAGCAGUACAAGAAGGGAUUCGGCACCAUCCGCGGGGACUUCUGGCUGGGCAAUGAGAACAUCUUCCGCAUGACCCGCCAGCCCACCGUGCUGAGGAUAGAGAUGGAGGACUGGGCGGGAGAGACUCGCUAUGCUGAAUACGGCUUCUUCACCAUCAGCAACGAGCUGAACAGCUACAAGCUCUUCCUUGCCAACUACACUGGCAAUGCCGGUGACUCGAUGCGCUACCACAACAACACCAACUUCAGCACAAAGGACAAAGAUAAUGACAAGUGUGUGGAUGACUGCGCUGCACUUCGCAAGGGUGGCUACUGGUACAACUGCUGCACCGACUCUAACCUGAACGGCAUGUACUACCGCUUUGGUGCGCACAAUAAGCAGAGCACGGACGGCAUCACCUGGUACGGAUGGCAUGGACCCAGCUACUCUAUGAAGCGCGUGGAGAUGAAGAUCAGACCUCAGGGAUUCAUGCCUUAAAGGCUUUAACGAAUGAACAUACAUCUUUGUAGCACAAUGCUAAUGUCAAGGGAUUUCUGCAAAACCUGGGUAACUGAGAGUUUAAAACCAAACAUGUUGCUUUUUUCCACAUCUGGGAAAGUUUUCCUUGCAGUUGUUGAUUGCAGUACUUCUGGAUUUGACUGAAUGUGUGAUGGACCACGUUUGAUUGUAAAUGAAAGGUGUUUUUUUUUGUAUUUAUCUUUAAAUGUAUUAAAAAAAACUUAAGCUUUUAUGAAAGCCUUUUACCACUGUUCUAUAGAAGAAGGUGAGUUUUGCCUUGUGUUUAUUGUAUUUGUGUUUGUUCGUUUGUUUGUUUUUAAGCAAUUAGGUUGUAUUCAUCAAACUAAGCCAUGCUCAGAAGCCGCCAUUAUUAUCAAGCCUCUUUGUUCAGUCUUUCUCUUUGAGCAGGAACGACAAACCUUUGACUGACAGGUACAGGACAGAUUCUAUUUUGUUGAGAAGCAUAAAUGUAGAUUAAAUAAAAAAUGACAUUUGUAAAAUGUGUACAGCUCUUUAUAGUAUCCUAAUGGAUGAUGAAUCUAAAAUAAAAUUGUAUUUUUAAAAAAA